GAUUUUUUCAUCAACUUAAAUUCAAGAAGAGAUGAAAAAUGGCUGACAAAUACUACCGCCUUGUUAGUUUCCUGAUAAAUAUAUGUCCAGAACCGCUCAGAGAACUGUUUUUACAAAAUGCCAAGUCCGAUACAAAACCUGGCAUACCAUAUACAUCACGGGGUGCUUACCUUGCAUCUAGAAAACAAAACAUAUUAUCAUUGAAGAGCAGACGUAUAUUGAGAGAUGACCAGUACAAUCUUUUAUACCCGACUUCUGGACCAGCUGAUGAGUCACAGUGGGACAUUACCUUGUUAACUGUUUUAAUUCUUGAACUAUUUCCAUCAUGCAUUCCGAAACAUGUCAAAUCUUUCAUCAGAGAUAUACGAGAUGUGAGAAACAGUCUACAGCGUGUACCGAAAACUUCAAGCAUUAGUGACUCAAUGUUUCAGAAGAACUGGGAUCGCCUGGAAAUAGCAACUUUAACUUUGGCUAAAGUUGUAAAUGGAACUAAUUACGAGAAUGUUAUGAAAGAGAAGAUUGAAACAGCCAAGAUCUCAAACAUGCCAGACCUUGGUAACACUCUGUGCUUAUGGUUUAUGGAAAUCAAUACACAAAAUACAACUGAAAUGGCAGAAAUACAAGAGAAAAUUAAAGAAAUAUCAGAAGACACUAAAGAAUCCAAAGCAAAGGCCAGCGAGAGUGCAAACAUUCUACAAAAUGCUUGCAUGGUUAAACCAGGACCAACAGGGAAACCAAAUAAAAGAAUGAAAACAGUUGAUAAAAAAUUGAAGAAUAUGCAAGAUCAGUUUGAAAGAACAAUGAAUGCAGAAAUUCCAGACGACUUCAGUGCUCCAAAAGAGACUGACAAGAUUAAAGAAAAGUUACUACACAAUCACCUGGUGAUUGUAGUGGGUCAGAACAACAGUCUGUAUGCAGCAGCUGCCCUCAUAGCCGUCAAAGACAUGGGUUAUAAUGAGAAACGUUGUGUGGAGAUGCAGAGUUCUUCCGACUGGAGUCAUGUAGACUCAGAAGAUGUUGAAUUUGUUCUUUGCCGUGAUCCAUUUGGCAGAGAUGAGUAUGAUGAGGAGAAAGCCAAAGGUAUGGCAAGCAUAUUCAGUAGUAUACAACAAACAGUGAAAGAGGACAGAGAUGACAAGAAGCUUGCUGUUCUAAUGACAUCAGAUAUUGGAGUGUUGAUUGAAUGUAAAGAGAGACAUUAUCAUGACAUUCUGGAGGAAGUGGUCUCAGUUUAUCACACUACAAGUGCAACUCAACCAGCUGAUCUUACUGUGGUCAGAUGUAACAAAACCAUUGUUCCUUCAACUUCAGCGAUUUCACAAAAUCUUGCAGACCAAACACGCCUUUUCCUAGAACAUCACAAAAGGCAAGUGCAUCCAGAUAUUUUGAAGGCAGCGAAAGACAAGUUCAAGAUUCAUAAAUCAGUGUUGUUGGUAGGACCACCAGGAAGUGGUAAAACUUCACUUGCAGUAGGUCUUGCAGCAUUCUACCAUUCAUCACAAGUUCUUCUUCUGACAUACCCUGAACAGGUUCAACAUGUUGACCAGAACAGAACAUAUCUAGUUAUCAUUGAGGAUUUUGCUGGGAACUAUGGAUUCAACGAAAUCCAAAUUUGUGACUGGUACAAAACAUUUGACAUUCUGCAUGUCAUGAAAUCUGCUGGCAAACUCAACAUCAUUCUAACAUGUGACAAACAAAAGUUUAAGAAGUGCACUGAAAAAAAUGCCACUCAUCCAUUACUGGAACAUACAGUGGAGCUUCAACGUAAAAAUGUUCUAGUGAAACAAGAGAUACACACCAAUGUCAGCCAAGCACAAACUGUUACUGUAGAAACUGUUUCCACCCAAAGUGAAACCGACUAUCCUGACAGGGAGACUCCUUUAGAUUUAAGUACACCAAGAUUCACAUCUGUUGUCAGUAUGGAGGAGUACAUAAAUCUGGCAAAUUUUGUUACUGGCUUUUUUAACUGUACAAGUAUGUGCUUGACAAAAGAUAAGUCUAUAUAUGUGGCAGUUACAAACAGGCUCAUACCUGUAUCUUCUAACUGGCUACUCUAUCAUGACAAGAACACUAAUAAAAUAUCCAAAUACAUGUAUUCUGUGACAGAUGACAUUGACAGUAUGUGCUGUACAACUACUGGUGAUGUUGUUGCUUCUGUUUCAAACCUAUUAUACGUACCUACUCAAAGUAUAAGUCUACUGAGAGUCAUUGAUGGAUCAGUUGUGGUAAUUAAGAGAAUACGAAGUAAUAGGAUCUGUAGCGCUGUGUCAUGUGAUGAUGAAGAUCAGAUCUAUACAGUAUGGAAUGAUGGAACAAUAAAGAUAUACAAUAUCAAUCUGGAACUUGUAGGACAGUACAAAAUAUCAGAUUAUUCAGAUAAGUUUUGCAACUCUGUUAUCAGCCCAAAAGGACAUGUAUUUACCAGUACUCAUGAAGAACUGCAUUAUGACAAUUUCAGAAGUUAUUCCAGCAGUGAAAGUAAGGUGAAAAACUUACCGCAAAUUUGCAUAUGUGCAGCCAGUGAGGACACUUACUCUGUAUUUAUUACAGAGAAAACAUCAAACAAACUUGUCCAGUACAACACAAAAUGUCAGAUCAUAUCAGAGAUUCUUUUAUCAACUCCUAAUAUGUCUAUAUCUGAAAUGGUGUUUGAUGAAACAAGCUCAAGACUGAUCAUUUAUGACCAUAACUCUCACAAAAUAUACAAUGUGUAUCUGAAAUAAACAAUCUGUAUAAAAUGAAAAUUCAUUGUUAGGGUUAUCAACAUAAUCUUGCUAGGGGUAAGCUUUCAGUAAAUCAGUGACAGCAUUAAAUUUUGUUUUAUAACUUUUAAGUAACAAAAAUUCAGAUAGCAAACUUCAGCUAUACAGGAGAGGUAUUGAUUUGCAAAACCAGUUAAAUCUUUGUUUCAUAUUUUAUGAAGUUCCAGACAGUCAGGUAAAAUGUUUAUACUUAACAUGUACACAAAGAAAAUACAUUUUUCAUUUUUUGUCACUGUUCGGCUGUUGCUGUUGAUCACAGAGACACUUUUAAAGGAGUUUUCUAAAUAUGACUUGCUUUGAAAAUAAAGCUUAUGUGCAUUUGUAAGCAUCUUAACCAAAUUA